AUGUCUGGACUGGCAUCGCAACCUACUGAGGAUAUCGAUCAAGCUAGGAUAUUUGUUAAUCAUGCAAAAGGAAUUCAAGCCAAAAUCUCCGAGGUGCGAUCUCGUAUUGCUCCGUUGAUUGAAAAUGUUAAAAAUGGCAAAACUCAAACCACUCAUGGAGUCAGUCUUCUUGAAGUUCGUGUUCAUAGUCUUUUGAGUUACAUUACGAAUCUAAGCUACUUGUCACUUUUGAAAUUAAAUGGUCGCUCUAUUCAAAAUCAUCCGGUUGUUGAUCGUUUGAUAGAACUUCGUACUGUUUUGGAAAAAACAAAGCCACUAGAGCAGAAACUAGCAUAUCAGAUAGAUAAGCUUGUAAAGGCGGCGGCUAUGGACGAGGAUGGUGAAAAAAUGGCAUAUGAUCUUGGUGACGAUGAUGCAAUGAUCAAAAAUCCUCUUAGUUUCAAGCCUAAUCCAUCCGCAUUACUUGGUGCAUCUGAUAAAACUGAUGCUCAAAGUAAACAAUCCAAGGAUGAAUUGGGUGGUGUAUAUAGACCACCACGAGUUGCUCCUAUGCGAUAUGACGAUAGUUCACAUGCUCAGCAUGGGCGUUUGUCACAGCAGUUCAAGGACAAGGCAUCUAGAUCACGACUGCUUGGUGAUCUUCAAACAGAGUUUGAUGACAGACCAGAAGAGGUGGACGCUGAAGGUACUGGAUAUGGUGCACGAGGUGCAACUAUCACCAAGGAAGACGAAAAGUUGCGCGAGCGAGAAGAAUUUGAAGAAGAAAACUUUAUUCGUUUGAAUCUCAGCAAAAAAGACAAACGUAUUGAGCGCACUAUGCAAACAAAGGGUCAUCUCAUGCGAUUUCAAAAUGAGUUUCAAGACUUGGAUGCCGACUUUCGUGAUCUUUCUGAAGUUCAUCACGCCGUGGAGGUGGAUGAUUUAGCUCGAUAUGGAGAAGGAGUAGUGGGAAAACGUAACAAGCGCACAGAAAGGUUUAUAGAGGAGCAACAAUCAAAGCGUUCUAGAUACAGCGAUACUGGCGAUAUUGAAAAAAUGACUCGUGAAAAACGAGGUGAAAUGGGCAAAGAUGCAUUUACUCAUCAAAAGCAUUUUUCCAACCGUAAAUCAAAGCUGUCUAAUAAGAAAUGA